AGGGUUCUGGGAAGAAGUAGGUGGGGUAGGUGAGAUGUUUAGUGUGAGAGAAGAAUGUGUAACACUGGAAAGGAAGAAUGCAGAUGAACUGGAUGAAAGAAUCAGUAGGGAUGAAGUGGAGAGGUGUGUGAGAAGGCAGAAGAAUGGCAAGGCAGCAGGUCCAGAUGAUAUACCCUGUGAGUUCUACAAGAAUGGUAGGGAGGUAGUGAUAGACAGAAUGACUGAGUUAUUCAACCGAGUGUGGGAUGAAGAGAGAGUGCCAAGAAAGUGGAAUGAGAGCCGAGUGUGUCUGUUGCAUAAGGGAGGAUUUAAGAGUAAGAAUGAGCUGAAGAACUACAGGCCAAUUGCAUUAGUGAAUACAAUAGGUAAAGUUUUCAGUGCAGUGUUGAAUGAGAGACUGUGUAAAUGGAUUGAGACAGCUGGAGUGCUGGGUGAAGAACAUAAUGGUUUUCGUAGGGACAGGAGAGCUGAGGACAAUAUGUUUGUGGUGAAUGAAAUGAUUGAGAAGAAAAAGAAGGAUUGGGGUAAAUUGUACCUAGGUUUUUUGGAUAUAGAGAAAGCUUAUGAUAGAGUGAACAGAGAAAUGUUAGGUAGAGUCUUAGAAAAGAUUGGACUGAGUGCAAAGAUAGUUAACAUAGUGCAAAGUAUGUAUGUGGACACAAGAGCUAGAUACAGACUAGGAGACAUAGAAACAGACUGGGUGAAGAGUGAGAGAGGAGUUAGGUAGGGCUGUAUAUUGUCACCAACCCUUUUUAGCCUGUAUACAGAGGAGCUAGCAGCCAGGAUGAGAAGAAUGAAUGUAGGGGUAAGUGUGGGGAACGAUAAAGUAUGUGUGCUUCUUGAUCCAGAUGACGUAGUUGUUAUGAGUGAAUCGGCAGAUGAGCUUCAAAGUUUGUUGGAUGUAGUGGAUGGCUAUGGUAAAGACUUUGGAGUAAGGUUUAGCAGUGAGAAAAGCAAAGUAAUGAUUGUGAAUAGGUCAGAGGAUGAAAGUAAUGUGGUAUGGAGACUUGGAGAGAAUGAGUUGAGACAGGUGCAAGAAUACAAGUACUUAGGGAUGUGGAUGAGUCCCAGUGGGUGUGCAAAGGCAAAGAAUGAAAAGAUAAGUAUGGUAAACCAGUGGGCAGGUCGACUGGGAAGCGCGGCAAGGAUGAGAGCAAGUAAGUAUGAUGUGUUGAGAGAAGUGUGGAAGAGUGUGGCUGUGCCAUGUAUAAUGUAUGCUAUGGAUGUGAUUGCGUGGAAUGAAAGUGAAAUUGAUAAGUUAGAAGUGGGCCAGAAUAGAGUAGCAAGGAUGGCACUGAGUGCACCGAGGUGCACAGCAGUUGAAGCCUUGAGAGGUGACAUGGGAUGGAGCACCUUCAGAGAAAGACUGACAAAAGCCACACUUAGGUACAAGAUUAGGCUUGAGAGAAUGGAUGAUGCAAGAAUAGCAAGAAAGGUGUACCUGUGGAAUGAAAGUGGAAGCAAAUGGAGGAAGAGAUGCAUGAGAAUGACAGACAGGAAUGGAUUGCAAGUUGUGUGGGCGAUAAGAAUGGCUGGGAGGAAUCAAAAUGAGCGUGAAUGGGUGGUAACAAGAGGAGGAAGAGUGGGAGCCGAAUGGGAUGUGAGAAAAUGGAAGAAUGAGAUAGACAAAGAAGUGAAAUGUGUGGGACUGAAUGAAUGGAAGAAUGAGAUGGAAAGAAAGAAGACCCUGGAAUGGUACAAGGAGAAAGAGGCCCCGAGGUAUGAAAGGUGGUAUGAUGGAAGCCUGGGCGGUGAUCUUCUCUUCCGAGCGAGGGCACAGUGUAUGGAUGUGAAUGCAAGGAGUUACAGGUGGUCUGAGUCCCGCAGCAAAGUGUGCCAGAUGUGUGACAUGGGAGAGGAUGAGACGGUGGAACAUGUGGUGCUGGAGUGUGUGAAGUAUGCCAGAGACAGGAAUGAGAUGAUGCAAGUGAUACUGACUGAGUUAGGGCAUGAUAGGAAUGAAAGAGUGGAGAAGACAGGAAAGGAAUGGAUGGUGUUGUUGCUGGGACUGUGUAGAGAGGCGAAUGAAAGGAUGAUUGAGGCAGUAAAAGAGUUUCUGGAGAGAAUGUGGCGUGCCAGGUGUAUGAACAAUUAGGAUAGAGGAUGCUGUUCGUUUCUCUUUUUUUCCCCUUCUACAGGAGUUGCCGAUCCAAAGGCCUGGCUCAGGAGUGAUCCUGUGCCACCUGUACCAUCAAGAUCAAGAGAGAGAGAGAGAGAGAGGCCAUGUUUGAGCUAGUUCACUUAUCUGUGGUUCCUCUCCCCCUCUCUCUCUCUAAUUAGAGCGAAAAUGGCGGCGGAGGAGCUCAAGGAUGAAGCCAACGACUAUUUGAAAAAAUUAAGAAAAUUGAAGCCUCUCAGACAUGAACAAAGAAGAGCAAUUCUUGACAAACAGGCAAACAAACAAACAAACAAACAAGGACAGCGUUGAGUCUCGCAGGUCACGCCAGCCUCUCGGAAACUGUUGCUUGCUUCACCUGGCAAUUGUGAACCACCAAGCAAAAACCGAGCCACCCUAUUGAUCGACAGGGGAUCACCAUCAGCCCUCCCAUUGGCCCAGAGCUUCAUGGAUUGUGAUUGGACGGCUGGCUGGCUGACCUGACUUGACCUGACCUCAACUGAGCCAGCAUGAUUUAUGUUUUCCUCGUUGACACGGGCACCAUGAUGACCUUUGACAUGAACCUGGCACUAGAGAGUGUUGAGGUGGUGAAGGGUGCAAUACACAAUGUUGUCAAGGUGCCCCCAGACAAGCAGAUCAGUAUUGCCAGAUAGCUUACCUUAGCUUAGGUUAAGUUUGGUUAGCUUAAGGUUCUUCCAAACUGGUGUGUAUAUCCUGUUGUGUGUGUGUGUGUGUGUGUGUGUGUGUGUGUGUGUGUGUGUGUGUGUGUGUGCCUUGCUGGGGCCAAACAAGACAAGCUUUUCUGUGAGGUGUGGACGGACAGGAGGGGCACGAGUGACGGUCCUGUGGGUCCUGGCACGGGCAGCACUGGGUGGCGGCCGUCACGUGGCUUGGUGCGGGAGAGACUCCUGGGCAGUGAGAGGGAUGGCAGAGGGGCUGGCAGAGUGAGGGUGCACCAGUAGACACAUCCUGCCUGACUGUGGUGCACAACAAACUCACCAGUGACAAGGCUGUGUGUCCCUUGGCUGGUGAGGCAAGGCACGCUGGCUGGAGCCGGCGAGGGAGAGGCAGCCUGCGCCAGGAGACUGACUGACUGACUGAUUGAUGGACUGACUGACUGACUGACUGACUGACUGACUGACGAACUGACUGAUGGACUGACUGACUGACUGACUGACUGACUGACUGACUGACUGACUGACUGACUGACUGACUGAUGGACUGACUGACUAACUGACUGACUGACUGACUGACUGACUGUGUGUGCCUGUGUGGGGCAAUUCAGGCUGCGCAGUGUGUGUGUGUGUGUCUGUGUGUGUGUGUGUGUGUGUGUGUGUGUGUGUGUGUGGCAGUGUCUGGGAUGCCUCCCCUCUUCAGCUUGUCAGCUCUGCCUGGCUCAUUGUCACACGUGAGUCACUCUGGCAGUCUUGUUGUACUUGUCAUGCUUGAUAUUUGCUUGUUUGUGUUUUUGUAUUGAUUUUUGUUUUAUUUUUGUUGUUUAUUGUUAAUGUUUUGUGAGUUGUGUUAGUGUUUGAUGUUGUUUGUUGUAUUUGUAGUGUUGCUGUGUGCCUAUUGCUUGUUUGCGAGGUGACAGUGGUUAGUGUGUGUGUGUGUGUGUGUGUGUGUGUGUGUGUGUGUGUGUGUGUGUGUGUGUUACUA